AUGGAAACUGGAAUUUCCUCUGAAUAUGACCAACCUCCAUACACUGCUGGCGUUAGGUUUACUCCCGAGGACGAGGAGCUCAUACAAUACUAUCUACUAGUCAAGAUUAAUGGGCGAAAACUUCCAUGUGAUCUCAUCAAAGAAGAAAACGUAUAUGCCUACAAUCCAGAAGAGCUCGCAGAAAGAUAUGAUGAGCAGUUCGGAGGCAAUUGGUACUUCCUUACUCCAAGAUACCGCAAGUAUGCCCAUGGUUCGAGGCCAAAUCGUUCUGCAGGAUCUGGCUAUUGGAAGGCCACUGGAUCAGAUACAGACAUCAUCAGUAGGAAGGGCAAAAAGAUGGGAGUCAAGAAAUCUCUUACUUUCUACUUAGGGGAACAACCAGGAGGAACUAAAACAAUUUGGCUCAUGGAUGAAUAUAGGAUUGAUGAAUUCCAGCAACCUAUUAACCCUGAAAGCAUGCUGUUGGAUAGAUGGGUUUUAUGUCGAAUACACUAUGGGAGAUCUGGAUCUAGAGGUGCCACCUCUUCUCGUGGUGCCACAAACGAAAUUGAAGCUGAUAACAUGAUAGAGGACUCUCUUCUCGUGAGUGCUGAAGCUGAUCAACCUGAUAAGACAACAGAUAAUGCUCCUGCUUUGGCUGAAGUUGGAGUUGUUGAGCCGAUAAACAGCAUUUCUCUGGAUCAGUUCAAUCCAUCGAUCUUUGCCAUGAAUUCAGAAGCCGAUCAAGCUGAUGUGACCACAGAUCAUCCUCUUGCAUUGCCAGAAGCUAUACUUUCUGAGUCAAGAGACAACAUUUUUCAAGACCAAUUCAACCCAUCAACUCUGGCGAAUUUUGAUGAUAGUCCAUGGAAUUUCUUCGAUCCUCUAGCAGCACCAUCACAUGAUAUCAUGAAUGAUUUCAGUUUCACUUAUCAAAUAUGUGGUGACUCAGCUGAUCAAUGUCUACCGUUCAAUUCUGAACAUUUAGACUUCGACUCUUCAUGGACAUAUUGGAUGGGUGAGGUUGACGAUAAUGCAAACUUACAAAAAAACAGUGUGGAUGAGGCAAACACACAAGUACAACAAUCUGGAUUGGGUGACUCAACAAUGACAACACAAGAGGAACAGGGCUUGGGCACCUCAACAAUGGACACCCAAGAGCAACAGGGCUUGGGUAACUCAACAAUGAACAUCCAAAAGCAGCAAGGCUUCGGCAGCUCCGAUGAAAACUCAAGAGCACCAGCCCAACGUGAAACACAUUGA